UCGAAGCCGAGCACUUUGUCUUUUCAGAAAACAAAAUGGCGGCGUUAAGAUCUGUCGUUAGUCACGCUAGAUCAGCUGAACAUAUGGGACUUCGUGGAUUUACAAGUUCGUGUGCAGUACUGGCUAGUGAUGCAUACUCACCUAAACCACAGGCUAAGUUUUUCCCCGCCCGGAAAGAUACUAUGCUGCCACCAGAGACAUAUAAAGACAAGGUUGUGUUGGUAACAGGAGGAGGAACAGGAUUAGGGAAAGGAAUGACGCUUAAAUUUUCCCAACUCGGUGCCAAGGUUGCGAUUGCAUCCCGCCGACUUCCGGUCCUAGAAUCAGCAGCUAAAGAGAUAUCAGCACAAACCGGAAAUAUUGUACUUCCUGUCCAGUUGGAUAUCAGAGAUCCUCUUGCUGUAAAAGCUGCCGUGGAUAAAAUUGAGUCGGAGCUCGGCCUCCCAAAUGUCGUCAUCCAUAACGCCGCGGGGAAUUUUAUUUCUCCAACAGAACGUUUGUCCGCCAAUGCGUUCCAGACAAUUAUUGAUAUUGUACUAAAAGGAACAGCGUUCCUAACACUGGAUGUUGGAAAAAGAAUGAUUGCACAGAAAACAGGUGGUGUUUUCUUGGCAAUAACUACUCAUUACACAAACGAAGGUUCUGGGUUUGUGGUUCCAUCUGCUUGUGCCAAAUCAGGAGUUGAAACAAUGUGUAAAUCCCUGGGAGUUGAAUGGGGAAGGUACGGGAUUAGAUUUAACUGUAUUGCUCCUGGUCCAAUAGAAACUGAGGGAGCGUUUGGCCGGCUGGACCCAACAGGUGAAGGUGCUAAACUGAUGUUGGAUGGUAUACCGGUGGGAAGGAUUGGAGAAAUAGAAGAGAUUGCCAACCUGGCAACCUUCAUGUGCAGUGACUUUGCCAGCUGGAUUAAUGCAGAGACGGUAACACUGGAUGGCGGUGAGUUCAGGUCUCUAGCUGGUGAAUUUAAUAAACUAAGGAUGGUGUCAGAGGAACAAUGGGACUUCAUGGAACAAGUCAUCAGGAGUACGAACAAGAAGUCAAAAAUGUAAUAAUCCGUCCUACAGAUCGUCAACAUUUUAUAAAAACUAUAUUUACAAGUUUAAUAUUUAUUUUAGCAUUUAGAAAUUUAUAUUUUAUUUCAGA